AUGGAGCAGUUGGAGAUGGAGUCAAAUAAGAAAUUCCCUCAAAGAGGAGAAAGACGAGAAACUAGUUUUGAGUCUUCGCACCCCAAACGGGUGGUAAGUAAUGAUAUCCAAAAUGAGUUUGACGAGCAGAUUAUUGUUUCGCCUUUAAGCACUGAAGACCUAGAUCAAGUGGAAGAAUUUGAAGUUUAUAUUGCUAAAACUGCUGAAAAUGGUUUAGAGCAGAAUAGUAAAAUCCUAGGUAAUCGUUUACAGACUAUUGAUAAGAUGAUCCGCUUGAAGAUUGAGAAAGAUUUUAUCGGCUCGGCUAGUCCGGAAAUAAUGCGGCAGGCGGAACAA